AUGCUCUCCAAUACUCGUCGAAUUCUCCCCAAUUUCCCUCUUCGUUCCCUCUCCACGUCAUCUGUCCUCAAAUCGACGGACAUCUCCGUCAAAGAAGAACGUCCGUACGUCUACAAUGUUCAGCUGAAUCGUCCAGCCAAGCUCAAUACAUUUACAAUGGAUAUGUGGAGAGAGUUCAAAAAAGCGAUCGACGGGCUUGCUGACGAUCCAAAGUGUCGAUCGAUCGUCGUCUCGGGAGAAGGAAAAGCUUUCUGUGCUGGAAUUGACCUAGCCGCUGGAAUGUCGAAUAUUAUUCAAGUCAUUCAAGACGAUGCCAUUGAAAUCGGGCGGAAAGGACGGGUGGUGCGCAGAUUUAUCGGAGAGAUUCAGGAUUGUUUUACGGCGUUAGAAAAAUGCCCAAAACCAAUCAUCGCUGCUGUUCACUCGCACUGCUUGGGUGCUGGAAUCGAUUUGAUUACGGCUUGUGAUAUUCGAAUUGCUUCGCAAGACGCGAAUUUUUCGAUUCGGGAAGUCGACAUUGGCCUUGCUGCUGACAUCGGAACCCUGAACCGUAUCCAAAAAGUCGUUGGAAACGACAGUUGGACCCGCGAAAUCGCUCUCACCGCCCGUGAUUUUGGCGCCGACGAGGCUCACCGCUACGGUCUCAUCUCGAGAAUCUGCGAUGACCGUAAAGCACUUCUCGAGAAUUCCAUCGAUUUAGCCGCGCGAAUCGCCGAGAAGAGUCCGAUUGCUGUGCAAGGAACGAAGGAGACAUUGAACUACGCGAGAGAUCAUACUACAGACGAAUCAUUGAAUUUCAUUAAGACGUGGAAUAUGAGUCAGUUGUUGUCGACGGAUUUGAUGAAUAGUGCAUUGGCGGCGAUGAACAAGAAGAAGGCCACUUAUGAGGAUGUUUGA